GACAGACUUCAGCAGCACUCAACAAUGGGUCUCAACAAUGCAGCAGACAUCUCCGUUAUUGUCAUUUACUUUGUGGUUGUCUUGGCUGUGGGAGUAUGGGCUAUGGUCCGCACCAAUCGAUCCACUGUGGGUGGGUUCUUCCUUGCUGGGAGGAGCAUGGUGUGGUGGCCGAUCGGAGCAUCGCUCUUUGCCAGCAACAUUGGCAGCGUCCACUUUGUAGGGAUUGCUGGAACUGCUGCGGCUGCUGGAAUAGCCAUUUGUGGAUUUGAAUGGAAUGCUCUUGUUCUCAUGGUCAUUCUGGGAUGGCUCUUUGUACCUAUCUACAUCAAAGCAGGGGUGGUCACCAUGCCCGAGUACCUGAAGAAGAGGUUCGGAGGACAGCGCAUUCGCAUUUAUCUCUCUGUGCUUUCCCUGUUCCUGUAUGCUUUCACUAAGAUCUCUGCCGACAUGUUCUCUGGUGCCAUUUUUAUCCAGCAGGCUCUUGGGCUGAAUAUCUACGUUGCUGUUAUUGCUCUACUGGCAAUAACUGCACUGUACACCGUCACAGGUGGACUGGCUGCAGUGAUAUACACAGACACCUUACAGACCAUCAUUAUGAUUAUUGGAUCCUUCAUUCUCAUGGGUUUUGCUUUCAAUGAAGUGGGGGGCUAUGAAAAUCUGAAGGACAGGUACAUGACUGCAAUUCCCUCAGCCACCGGUAACAUCAGCGCAGAGUGCUACCAACCUCGGCCAGACGCCUUCCACCUAUUCAGGGACCCAAUAACUGGAGACUUACCCUGGCCUGGCCUGGUGUUUGGACUCACCGUUCAGACAAUUUGGUACUGGUGCGCAGAUCAGGUGAUUGUCCAGCGUUGCCUCUCAGCCAAGAAUCUCUCUCAUGUUAAAGGAGGUUGCAUUUUAUGUGCCUACCUGAAGCUGUUGCCCAUGUUUCUCAUGGUUUUUCCUGGGAUGAUAAGCAGGAUCCUUUAUCCAGAUGAGGUGGCAUGUGUUGUCCCAGAUGAAUGUCAGAGACACUGUGGAUCUAGUGUGGCAUGCACCAACAUUGCUUAUCCCAAACUGGUCAUGAAACUUAUGCCUAAUGGUCUGAGGGGUUUGAUGAUGUCAGUGAUGUUGGCUUCUCUAAUGAGCUCCCUCACCUCAAUAUUUAACAGUGCUAGUACUCUCUUCACCAUGGACAUCUAUACUAAGAUCCGUCCCUAUUCCAAAGAGAGGGAACUGAUGAUUGCUGGCAGGGUGUUUAUUGUGUUCCUAAUUGGUGUGAGCAUAGCCUGGAUCCCUGUGGUGCAGUCAGCCCAGAGUGGUCAGCUCUUUGACUACAUCCAGUCAAUCAUCAGCUAUCUGGCUCCACCCAUUUCCGCUGUCUUCCUUCUUGCCAUCUUUUGCAAGCGUGCCAACGAGCCUGGUGCCUUUUAUGGACUCAUCGUCGGUCUGAUUGUAGGCCUGACCAGGAUGAUCACUGAGUUUGCCUAUGGAACAGGAAACUGUGUUAGCCCUAGUAAUUGUCCCGCUAUCAUAUGUGGAGUCCACUACCUGUAUUUUGGGCUGAUCCUGUUUACUAUCUCCUGCAUCGUUAUAGUUGGAGUCUCUCUUAUAACCAAACCCAUCGACAAUAAGCAUUUGCAUAGAUUGUGUUGGAGUCUGAGGAACAGUACUGAAGAGAGAGUGGACAUUGAACAGGAUGACUGGGUUAACAAUGAAGAGGAUGAAAAGGAAACAGAAGGUAAUGAACAGUUACAGAAACCAGGAUUUUGGAAGAAAGCACUAAUGUGCUUCUGUGGACUGGAGAAGACGAAAGCACCAAAACUGACUCCAGAGGAGGAGGCAGAACUGAAGAGUAAGCUCACAGAUACAACAGAAAAACCUCUCUGGAGGAACGUUGUCAAUGCAAACGCCAUCAUUCUCCUGUGUGUGGCUGUGUUCUUUCAUGGAUACUUUGGUUAGACAAACUCAGUAUUAAUUACUCUUGGAUAUUGUGGUUUAUGUUUUAGUAACAGGGCUAAGCAUGGAUAACCAUGGAUAUAAACUAUAAUCAAAACAUCUAUUAGCCCUUAACUACAAUAUAACAUAAGGCACUUUUAUAACUCUGUAUUCUGUUUCCUCCUGUAUUGUAAAAUGACUGCUAAUGCCAUACAGGACACAAAGCAUUUUUCCUCCAGAGAUUUACCCUCGAAGUCACAUUUUCAUUUUGUUAGUCCCCUCUAGUAAGCCAAGUUUUAUCAUACACAUGAAACCUGUUAAAACUAUAUAUUUAGAUUUAAUACUCACACAUGUUCUGACUUCCAUCCAUCCAUCCAUCCAUCCAUCCAUCCAUCCAUCCAUCCAUCCAUCCAUCCAUCCAUCCAUCCAUCCAUCCAUCCAUCCAUCCAUCCAUCCUUGAGCUUAAAGGAGCAGUCCACCAUUUUCAGUGGAAAAUCAUGGCCGAAGAGAGGCUAACUGACACUCAACUGACAAUUGCUCCAGUGCACAGUGAAGGUCAUGGUUGAAAACAACCGAACCAGAUCAUGUUGAAAAAGUGCAGAUAAGACUCUAAGGUUCCCAUGCACACCACAUGGACUGGUAAUAGGGGCCAGCCUGGGCACAGACUAGAGACUAGGAGACUGACAAGUGUCAACCCUCAAUACUUCCAGUCCUUUUCUUUUGGACCACGCCAAUCUGUCACGUUGGGUUUUUUCCUGGCCCUCCAUGAGACAGCUUGAGGCCUGUAUUAAGUCCUUCUCUCUAUAUAUAAUAUAUACAAUUAUUGUAAAUUUGUAGGUAUUCCUGGAUGUACAGGACAUUUUCAUAUUUGAUUUUGUUGUUGGUUUUAUUCAAAAGAGAGGACUGCACUUGAGAAUAGCUCAUAAAUCAUCAAAAGCUUUAGGUUGUCUUCUUAUCUUGUCACAAAGAGGACAAAUGAAAAAUGCAUCACUGAAAAUGUAAGAUUGUGUUUAACAUUACAGUAAGAUUAAAACUUUAUUUUAAAAAUGCA